UUGUUCUGAGGACGUUCGAACAGCAGAACACGUUGGACAUGGAAACAAACGGUCGAUAACCACUGACGCCUGACGCCCGUGUGGUCUCCUCAAGGGAUUUAAGGCAAGACAAAUCAAGAGUCUGGAAGAGGAAAAAGUCAUUCUUCUCUGGGACAUUGACACUUGCAAGGAUGAGGUGACUUUUCCAAAGGAAUUUCAGCAUCUGUCAGAGAAAUUCUUGAAGAUAACUGCCCUGAGGUAGACUCAGAUUUACUUGAAUGCCGAUGAAAAGCUUUGAGGCACCAGAAUAAGACUUGGAUAAGUCCUGAGGUUUUCAAAAGUGAUUUUGGGGAAAUCGUGCGGGACAUGCUCCAGAAUAGAGUUUAGAUUUUAAAAAACAAAACCAAUUUACCACAGAUUGACUCCACUUUUAGAUGACUUGCUAAUGUUGCUAUUUAUUUGACAGUGAAUGUGACAUGGGCGUUGGAGUGCACUGCUGAACCUCUGAGCUAAUUCUCUGAGGAUACGAUUAAUCACCUUCGCCUUCAACUGAACCACUGAUAAUCUUAAUCCAGAGGGAGAGGGACUGUGAGGAAAGACGUUCUCUUGCAGCAGUUCUCUUGGGGUGACCCUCAGUUUUUUCAGUUUGAGUUUGUAUUCAUAAAAUAGAGAGAUGGCACAGAAAGAGGGAGGGGCAGAGCAGCUGUCCAUAAUGACAGGGGGCAGUCUGAGGACCAAGGCCAAGGUCGGGGCCCCUGCAGCCGGCGGGGGAGUGGUGGUGGAGGUCAGGGAGAAGAAGGGACCUCUGCGAGCUGCCAUACCCACAAUGCCUUUCCCUCUGGCCGUCAUCUGUCUGUUCCUGAACACCUUCAUACCUGGACUCGGCACCUUCAUCUCAGCGUUCACGGUGCUGUGCGGCGCUCGCAGUGAGCUGGUCCCGGAGCGAGGCGUGUGCUGCGUGUUCUGGCUCAACGUGGCCGCAGCCCUGAUCCAGAUACUGACAGCCGUUAUCAUGGUCGGGUGGAUCAUGAGCAUCUUCUGGGGAAUGGACAUGGUCAUCCUGGCAAUUUCGGAUGGCUGCAAGGACCAGAGUGUUCCCCAAGACGUGUGAGAGACGCGUCGCUCUCAUGUCACCCGAUGAAUCCAGCGGGCGGUUUGACCACUUCAACAUCCCUGAGGCCUGACCUUCGUGAUGACCUGUAGCUGGCGACGGAGGGAGGCGCGGACCUGGUGAAAAUGAUUUAGUCAGAGUGAAUCACGUGACUGCUCCCUGUGAAAAUAUUUGAUUUGGGUCGACGUCAGGCCACAUUUAUAUUAUUGAUUAAUAAAAGCAAGAUGGGAAGCAGGGACUUAAACUGUCAAGUCAGGAAAAAUACAACGGAUGAGAAAUGUUUGUAUUUGGUUGAGUGAUUCUAACAGUGACUGUGGGGAUUCUGUCUUUUGAUAUUUUUCAUGUAAACAUAAACCACAAAACAGGAAAAAAACUAAAAAAAAACAACAACUGUAGGUCAGCUGCAUAUUUCCUGUGUGAAAUUUUGGAAUAAACGAAGAACAAACAGCAAUUUCUUUUCAUGAGGGUUGUGACAUAACUACGACAAUGGUUUGCCAGCUUUGUAUUUCUGUUUGUUUGGCUUGUGAACUUUGCCAGAAUCCAAUUGAAAAAAACUAAAUAAUAGAAAAAAAUACUUAGCAAAUGCUAUCCAUAACAAUGUCGCUGUAACUGUGUACUUAGCUCAAUGAUGUGUAACAUGUUACUUGGCUCAAAACAAUUUCCACGGCCUCCGAGUUGGCUCCCUGGUGAUCUCUCUACAUGUGAAGCGCUGUAUUUCAGUGUUACAUGUCAGUGGAUUCAUCGGAUUCAUCUGCCGUCACACUUUACCGAUUCAAACGCUGACUUUGACAUUGGUGUGUUUUAGUGGCCUUCCAUUGUGACAUCUACACCAACUUGCUGCUCUGAAAAUGUAGAAUAUAUCUAACUUUUAGCUGUUCAUGUUCUAACUCCUCGACGUGCUCCUCAUCUACAUGUUUGGAAAAGUGCUUUCUUCUUAAACAGCCGGUUUUGUAGCCUACUGUAAGGUUCAAGUAUAACUAUAAUCAUAAUCAUUUAAUCUGACAAUCACUGCGGACAGAAUCCGACAUGAUUCAAGUGAGGACUGUGGAGCCAACAUGUCUUCCUGGGGAGCAUGUAAUCAAACUGUAAGGGGCUCCAGUACUUAAUAUUCUGACAGUCUGAAUGACAAGUUAAUUGUGACGAAGGCCUUUGCAACUCUUGCUUUAGUCUAACUGUAGGUGCAGUGUUUUGAAGGCAUUGUGAGCAUGCUUUAUCUCACCGUUCACCAGAUGCACGGUAUCCUGAAAUUCCGAGGGCUCUGUGAAAAAAUGACUCAUCCUUCCUGAUAAUUAUCUGACCUGAAGUGUGGAACCUCUUGAACGUGUAAAUCAGUUCUCACAACAAGUGACACAUGUUAAAGCAUCGCAUAUCAUUAACAGGUUUGAAAAUAUCAGCUCUCAUUAUCGGCCACUCUGGGGAGCCGCAGUCACCACCGGUCUGUCACAUUACGACAAAGAUAGACUUACAGAAAUGUCGCCGAAUGUUGUGACUUUGUUGUUCUGCUCAUUGACACAGAUUGAUGAGAAUCACUGUAAGUGAGCAGAUCCCAUAAGCAACUCCAGUCGAAAUCAAUCAAAAGCAUAAGGUUUUUUUCUGUAGGGUUUAUUCCUUCACCUUAGAUUUUAUUUUGGUAACAACACUAUUUUGACUAUAUAUAUGUUGUACAGUUUUUGUGCGCGAGACAGAUGAUGAUGAUGAUAUUUUAUGCCUUACAAUUGACCCCGGUUCUCUUCUUCUCCUUUACUUUGCUUUACUUUACUUUAAAUACUGACUAGUUGUAAUGAUGUUUUGGUUUGAUUUUUUCAAUGCUAUUUGACUGUAAAAUAAAAAUAUACUGCCUUAUGCAGUUUUCUGCAUGCAAAUCUUUGGCGUCAAAUGUAUAGAGUAACAGACACGCACACAUGGACUAACUGAUAACACAGCCUUCUUUAAAUUUGUAGCUUCAUUCUGUGACUUUGCCAUAUUGUUUUCCUUGUAAGCCAUCUGAGGUGGCGGAUCCAAAAUCAAGUGAUUAAAAAAAAGUUGUGAUUAAAAAA